AUUGCAUUAGUGCAGGAAGAAUGCAACUUGCUUUACUACAGCUCCUUGCCUGACUAACGGUCAUAAUAGUUAGGCUAGCUAAAUGCGUCCCACUGCGUAGAUCCUCUAAUUGUGUCAAUCUUUGAUCUGAUUGGUCAGGUCGGAAUUCCACAAUAGCAAUACGAGGAAAGGCGGUUGAUUCAUGAGACUACUCUCUGUUAUGUGCUAGCUUUGACUCGAUCAACUGCAUGCAUGUGCAUGCCUUUGCUGUACCUGAUUCUAUAAAAGCACGCUAUUUGGAGGUUUCUUCAUUCUCAGCGGAGAUUUCAAAUCAACAAGAAAAGACAAGAAAAGCCAACGGAACGAAAUGAAGUUGCUGCUGCUUGUGAUUUGCUGUAUGAUUUCCACAUCACUAGCUGGUCUGGUUGACAAAGAGGCUAAACUGGAAACAGUGCUCAAUGAAGUUGAAGAGAUAUUGCAAGACCUGAAAGCUGAUGAUGAUGAGCCUCAUCUCGAAGCAAUUGGAGACAUUCAAAAACUUGAGUCGCUGAUCAAUGAUCGUGAACUUCAGAAUGGAGCAGAUAUUGAGGGAGAUAUUUCACCAAAGCCAUCCCACGAACAAGACUCACAAGGUGAACUUCAGAAUGGAGCAGUUAUCGAGGGAGAUAUUUCACCAAAGCCAUCCCACGAACAAGACUCACAACGGAGUCCUGCCACCAUGGAGGAGAUGUUGCUUCACACUGAAAACAUUGACGAGGCAACUGCUGAAGUGGAAGCUGCUGGGGGCCACGUUCUACUCCAACUUGGUCACAACCUCUUGGUUGCAAAUGUCCCCUCUCAUGUAGCCAAGCAAAAUAGCUUCAGUCAAGCUUCAGCCCAUAUUUCGAGCUCAGCAUCAGCAGAAACUUUAAGCCAUGCUAAUGCCUACUGGAUGGCACGAGAAGAUGAGCUGAAACCACAACCAACGAUUCAAAAGUGGACAGAAAAAACAGCUCCAAUGGCCUUUAAACGAGAAGAUUCAGACGAAGAUUUUCAGGUAGAUGCACCCUACCGCCAAACCAUGACUGGGAAGAUUGCCGUUCUAAUUUUUAUUUCUUCCGGUCCUGGUAGGUUAGCAAUAAGCAAUAGGGAGAAAAAGAAGAUUAUAAGUGAAUGUCUAGCAGGACUUAAAUUCUGGUCAAACCAAGCUCGGAAAAAUGGGGUUAGGUUGUCGUUUGUGAUGUAUUAUGGGAAGGCAAGAAUAACUGCUUCCAACCCAACCUCUUGCUCUAGCUACCCAUCUUGCCACGACAAGUUUGCUAAUCCUACACUCAGAGCUUUUGGUUUCCCAGCUGGUAAAGCUGGAAGGAACAGAGCAGCACAAUAUAUUAAAAACCGUGGUCGUGCUAAUGGUGCUUUCCUUGGUUUCUUCUCCAAGUAUAAGCAAAGCCAUUUCGCAUAUGCAUAUUUUGGUGGCGGACCUCUAUACAUGCAGUACAGCAAUGACGGUUGGGGUUCCGAUCAGAUUGACAGGGUUUUCGCUCACGAAAUUGGACAUGUUUUUAAUGCUCCUGACGAAUACACAAAUUGUCAGUGCUACCAACGGUAUGGCAAGGGAAGCUGCACUGCUAAAAAUGCCAACUGCAAGACCUGCACUUCUUCUCAAGGUGGCUGCAUUAUGGACACCAAUGAUCUGGGCAACCUUUGCGAGUACACCAAGAAGCACGUGGGUUGGUGCUAAGAGACUUACAAGGAACAUAUACUCUGGACUGCUUUUUAUGGACUUGACCUAUCCUAGUGCUGCAUGUGUAUAUAUAGUUUAGCUAUUUAUAAACAGUUGACUAUAAUAAUUUGUAGCUAUAUAAUUAUAGACACUAUAAUAUUGUAAUAAUUGUAUAAUUUUUAUUAUAUGAGAUUGACAUUAGCUACACUUUAAUAAAGUUUUGGUUCAUUGAAA